CGUUUUGAGUUUCACGGAAGUUACUGCAACUCGAAAUACAUACGGAAAUCUAAUUUGCCCUGAGAUCACUUGUACAGUUGAGGAGGAGACGUUGAUGUCUGACAGCAUGUCUGCUCCUCGGGGCCUCGAUAUGCCUACAGAAUGGCAUCCUUGGAUUGAAGAUUGUUCCUUUAGGGAGAUUUCUCCCAGUAUCUUCGAUUUGUCCUCCCCUUCAUCGUCUUUUGCCAGAGCAAAUAUUUCGAAUGUUUCGACUCCUGAGACUGCCUACAUUUCGGACUCUUCUGUCACGCCAGCAGAUGCAAGCCCACAAGUAGCUAGCAUCACUCCCUCCUCCCAGCAGAUUUCGUGUAAAAUAUCACCCUCGAUGCCAUCCGAAUCACUUUCUCUAGACUCGUUCCCUCGUCCCAACUACUCAGAUCAACCGAUUCGUACCGGCAAGCUAAAGCUUGCGAAAACUGCUCCGACCCUACCUUGUCUCAUUUGCCCAAGGAGCUUCUCUCGUCCUUGCGACCUCCGUCGUCACACUGCUCGCCACUCCCGGCCACACGCCUGCACAUUUCUGGCCUGCAAUUCCCGCUUCUCGAGUUUGAAGGACCUGCGGCGGCACCAGCGAGUUCAUUCCCGCGAGCGCCCGUACAGCUGUCCGCAUGCAACGUGUAAGUAUGCCCUGAAGGGGUUUCGGUGGAAGGACGCGUGCGAUAGACACGUGGAGGGGAUUCAUUGUAAAAAGGAAAAAGCGAAAACGCGAUGAAGAUUAGAGAAUUGGGACAUGGCAGGCGAAGUCGCUUUAAGCAGGAAAGUUGAUAAUUGCUCAAGGAACGAAGGUAUCUGUCUACACACCCAGUAUUAGUGUUCCUGUUCACUUGCCCACUAACAGUUUGGAUCUACCUAUGCUGUGGUAUGAAUCCAGUGUCCACAUAAAUAGUAUCAUGA